UGUGGAGCUGGCGCUGCUGGUUUCCCUCGAUGGGCCCAUUUCCCUUUCAAUAUGCUUUGCAGGCGGACGCUUGGACGUCCUCAGUGACAAAGGAAUCCCGCACCGGAUGCUUCUGUUUGGCCGCCCUCUGCCAACCCCAUGAUCGGUCCCGAUCGUCCCAGGCACAUGGCGCUCGCGGAACCCUGCUCCCAUGCGUCGAGUGAAGGGGCUCUCAGGCAUCUUGGCGGCGCAUAGAUAGAGCCUUGCCAUGGUUGAGGACCGAUCUUCCCUUCAACAUGGAGUAUGGAGUACCGCCUAACAGUGAAUUCGUGCCGGACUGGCUAUCAUGCCCCUUUGACGCUUUCGUGCAGAACACUCAGGCGAUGCAACGGCGGGACUGGGCACCGAUGCUGGUCUCUCUGCGGGACCAGAAGAGUUACCUCGAAGAUUUGCUGUCGAGGACGGCUACGAAACUCUACGCUCUCCGAGAUAGACAGACGCGCAACGAGCGGGCAUUACGAGACACGCCGGGCCCGCGGUCCAAAAGGAAGAAGAUCAUGCAAAAGAAGUUCUUGACCGAGAAAACCAUCCGGACAUGCGAGAAUGAGGAGCAAGCCAUCAUCAACUGCCUACGCGUCUGUCAGAACAACAUCAAUACGCUGGAAGCCAUCAUUCAUCCUACGGAGCCUUCUUCCAUGGCGGCAGAUCACAGCUGGAGCGAGUCGCGCGAAUCGUUUCUGACGAGCGAAUCAUCCGUCGACUGGACCGAGGGGUGGGUGGACAAUGGCGAGAUGUCCCCGUUCCAAAGGCAGACUCGGCGGCCGGCAGUUUUUGAGGACAUCGCGCCCGAGACGCCAGUGGACCAGAUCAAAUGCCCUGGACUUCCCCCAUGCUCGCGCAAUGCAGUCCCUGCCCCACCGCCGAACUCGGCUAGGAGCGUGCAAACGAGCCUGUCACCGGUAGCAGCAUGCUUCCGGCCAAGCAAAAGCAGUGCAUCAAAGGAGGUGGAGGAUAGGGCAAGGCAAUUGGACAAGCUGAGCAUAUCGGGGCUGCUGGCCUCAAAACGGCUGAAUGGACUGCAGCUUGCAGCGCCUCAGAGACGGUUUUCCGAUGCAGAGGUCAACCACAUGUUCCGUCGUCUGUCAGGAGUUCCGAACGCAGGACCGAGCCUCGACCCAAGGAGACACAUUAGCUCUGCAGGCGAGAGGAGUCGGAGUAAACUGAGCACGAACUCGCCACGGAGAAGCAUUUCCAUAUGACGUUCCAAGUUGGAGAGAUUGUGUAAAAGUGGGAAAGGGUGGCGUGGACCCUGCAAAAUGGGUGCAGGAGAUGCAAAUUGUACGCAUCUACUCCAGCUCAGGCUGGGCCUGGUCUACGAUGGCGCAAACACGGCCAUCCUUACUAUGCUUCCAG